AUGAUCCAAAAGGUCCCCAAGUACUUGUUCGAGGUCGGCCAUGGCCUGGAGGACUCCGGCAAGCCGUUCAUCUGGGUGGUGAAGGUGUCGGAGGUGGCCACGCCGGAGGUGCAAGAAUGGCUGUCCGCGCUGGAGGCGCGCGUGGCGGGGCGCGGCGUCGUGGUCCGCGGGUGGGCGCCGCAGCUCGCCAUCCUGUCGCACCGCGCCGUCGGUGGCUUCGUCACCCAUUGUGGCUGUAACUCGAUUCUGGAGGACAUCACCCAUGGCGUGCCGGUCGUAACGUGGCCGCACAUCUCCGACCAGUUCCUAAACGAGCGGCUCGCCGUCGACGUGCUCGGCGUCGGCGUGCCGGUCGGCGCCACGGUGUCCAUGAUGCUGAAGCACGACUGCCUGUGGUAA